AUGCUGCAGAUGCUGCUGAUCAGCGGGACACUCGCCCUGCUCACUGCAGACCCAGGCCAGGCCCAGGUCCCCAUCCAGGCCGACUUCGAUGCCAGCCAGUUCCAGGGCCCCUGGUACGUGGUUGGGGCGGUGUCGGACGACCAGGGCUUCCUGGAUGCCAAGGACAACAUGAAGAUGCCUGUGGUCUUGGUGACCUCUUUGGCCAACGGCGACCUGGGCAUCAAGUUUGGGUUUCCCACGCCCGAUGGCGGGUGCCAAGAGACGGACAGCACCUUCACCAGGGGGGCAGUGGACGGGCAGUUCAGCAACGCGGCGAUGGCGCAGACCGACAUCAGGGUGGCUUUCACUGACUACAAGCACUUCGCUGUGAUGUACUUCGAGACCCAGAAGGGGGGCGUAAAGAACGUCUGGCUGCAGCUCUACGCCCGGGCCCCGGAGCUGUUUCCUGAAGGCGCCCAGAGGAUGCAGCAGCUGGCACCGCAGCUGGGCCUGAGCCCCGGCCAGGGAGUCCUGCUGCCCAAGUCAGGCGCCAUGGUGCCGCCGCCGCGGUGGCCGCCUCUCUGCACGCUGCCGCCGGGCCCCGGACCCCCGCGCUUCGUGUGCUACUGCGAGGGGGAGGGCGGCGGGCCCGGGGAACGAGGCGGCUUCAACCUCUGUGUGACGGACGCCGCGGAACUCUGGAGCACCUGCUUCACGCCGGACGGCCUGGCGGCCCUGAAAGCCCGUUUUGGCCUCAGUGCGGCUGAAGACAUUGCCCUCCGAUUCAGGGCAGCCUGCGAGCGGCAAGCUGUGACUCUCACCCUGCAGGAGGACAGAGCGUCCCUGACCCUUUCAGGGGGACCCUCGGCGCUGGAACUUGAUCUGUCCAAGGUGCCGGGCCCAGAAGCAGCCUCCAGGUUGCAGGCACUGAUGCUGGGCCUGGCGGAGCGUGUGUGCAGCUUGGAGCAGCGGCUGGCAGCAGCGGAGAUGGCCCCCAGCCCCAGAAAGAGCGCCUGGCAGGCGGGGCCUCAUCUCUUCUUACCAGACCCAGAUCCUCAGAGAGGUGGCCCUGGACCUGGGGUCAAGAGGCGGUGUCCAGGGGAGUCUCUCAUCAACCCAGGCUUCAAGAGUAAGAAGCCGGCAGGUGGUGUAGACUUUGAUGACCCCUGA